AUGGCAGGGACCGCCCUGGACCAGGUCAAGCUCUUUCCCACCAGGCUGCGAGAUGGGAGGGAAUACAAGGCUGCAGCAAACAGACCUCCAUUGCCCCCACGCCCACACCCUCCCGCCUUGCUCAGCUGUGGACUGUGCUGUGGGGACAGCGACAGCAUUCAGCACCCUGGACAGCGCCGAGACCGCAGCUGCCCCUGCGCCGUGGGCCAAGUGAGGUGCUGCUGGCGGGCUGUGGCGCUGGUGCCCAACUCGCUGGUGCUGCUGGGCUGCGCCCACGGCUCAGGCAUCUUCCUGGUGAUCCUGUCACUGGACCACUUGCUGCUGGUGGCACUCGACAUGCCCUUUGCCUUGCCCGGCCAUGUGCCAGGCUCGCUCUCCUGCUCGUGGCUCGGCUACAGCAGCGCCUUCCUGUCCUGCUCACUGCGCCACCCGAGACCACCUUCUCUGCCUCAUAGCUGCGUGCUCUGCCUCACCUCACUCCAGGUGCUGAGGGUGGCAAGCCACUGCCGGCCUGUCGACAUCGUCACCGUGCAGGUGCUCCUGCAGCUCACUGACCUGCACCCCAGGGACAUGUAACAGUGCUGCCUUCUCCAGCAGAAGAGGCGACACCAGCAUGCCCCAGGAAGACCAGAGUCUUCAUUGGCUCCUGUGUGGGCGGUUUUGUCCACAUGUGAUGACCAGACAGGUCACCCCGACAGAAGUGGCUCCUGGGGGGAGCCUUGA